AUGGGAUACGAAGAUUCAGUUUACCUCGCCAAGCUCGCUGAGCAGGCUGAGCGAUAUGAAGAGAUGGUGGAGAACAUGAAGUCGGUCGCCUCUGAGGACCAAGAGCUCUCUGUUGAAGAGCGAAAUCUCCUUUCCGUCGCAUAUAAGAACGUUAUUGGUGCUCGCCGUGCCUCGUGGAGAAUUGUCACUUCGAUCGAGCAAAAGGAGGAAUCAAAAGGCAACUCAUCCCAGGUUGGUCUCAUCAAGGAGUACCGUCAAAAGAUCGAGGCCGAGCUCGCCAAGAUCUGUGAAGAUAUCCUCGAGGUCCUCGACAAACACUUAAUUCCUUCUGCCAAGAGCGGAGAGUCCAAGGUUUUCUACCACAAGAUGAAGGGUGAUUACCACAGAUACCUCGCCGAGUUUGCAAUUGGAGAUAAGCGAAAGGAGUCUGCCGACAAGUCUCUUGAGGCUUACAAGAAUGCCACCGAGGUUGCCCAGACAGACCUUGCACCAACACACCCAAUCCGCCUUGGUCUUGCACUUAACUUCUCAGUCUUCUACUACGAGAUCUUGAACUCACCCGACCAAGCUUGCCAUCUUGCCAAACAGGCUUUCGAUGACGCUAUUGCUGAACUCGAUACCCUCAGCGAGGAGAGCUACAAAGACUCAACAUUGAUCAUGCAGCUGUUGAGAGAUAACUUGACUCUCUGGACUUCAUCAGAGGCCGAGCCAUCUGCUGCCGAGACAAGCGCCGCACCUGCCACUGAAGCACCAAAGGAGACUGAGACCGCUGCCGAGGCGCCAGCGGAAACAAAGGCUGCUGAGUAA